CACUAUUGCACAUCUUCACAGGAUACUUCAACCAAGCUCUUCAAAAGUUUAAUAUGGAGCAGUCUUUCAGAAUUGCCCUGUGCAUGUGUCUUCUGAUAGGGUAUCUUCAAGCAACCCCUGUGCCUACCCCUCAGUCCUGCUUCGAAAUGGAUGACCUGCGCUUCCAUCUUCUACAUGGCUCAUGUAAAAACAACGUGACCUUAACCACUCCAACAAAUGUGAAGGAAACAUGCUAUAGCGCAGCCAUGGAGCGCUUCAUGGAAGGGCUGGAACGGGCCCAAACAGAAUGUAAUGGUGACAAUGAGCGAUUCAGUCAGACUCUGGAAGCGUUGAAAGUGGGAAACGAGUGCUAUAAACAUACAAACUCUUCACAGUGCGACUUGGAAGCUGAGACACAGCAGUUUGAUGAAUUUGUGUAUGCUACAGAGGCAUUUGUUCAACUGCUCAACACCAAGAAGAGGCAAUGAUGAAUCCACAUGGACCCUGAAGAUGUUUCCUCUACUUUAUCAUUAUUUAUUAUUACCCACUGCACUAAAAUGUGAUUCAGGUUCUCAGUAAUUUAUAUAUUUAUUUAUUAUUCAACUGCUGUACCACAUCUGUGUAUUUUGCUAAUAAAAUUUGAACAAUUACAA